UAUUUCCGGCAGCGUCUCCGGGGUGCUACCUCGGGCUGGUAUCGCCCUGUGGACGGAUCAGUGAGUUGCUGCCGUUCUGGUCCGUGUUUCACCGCAGAAGUCAACUCCUGGAGUCUCCUGCGCUCCGCAUCGGCGGCAGCCUAUCCUCCGCACUCCUGUGGUUUUCUUACAUGACUAUUUUCCUCAAAAUGAGUGUUAGUGUCACUUUCCUAAGACCUUUCACCAGAUUUUUGGUGCCAUUUACCCUUCAUAGGAAAAGAAACUUAUAUUCAACAGUUCUGCAGAGGUGCAUGUCUUCCAAAAUACCAGCUGUGUCCUAUCCUGAUAAGGAAAGUAUAUCCCCUCCUGAACAGCUAGAAUUGGAUGUUUGGAAAACCACAAUGAAGUCUAGUGUGCAAGAAGAAGGUGUUCCCCCAGUUUCAAGCAACAAGGAUGAAGAUACUCAAGCUGCCACCAGAGAAUUAAUUGAGAUGUGGAGAUUGCUUGGCAAAGAAGUACCAGAAAACAUCACUGAAGAACAGCUCAAAGCCAUUAUGGAAUGUGCUUCUAAAUCAUCAAAAAAAAAAUACUUAAAAUUUUUGUAUAUUAAGGAAAAACUGAAAAAAGCAAAGCAAAUCAAAAAGGAAAGGAAAGCAGCAGCAAAGGAAGAAGCAAAACAAGCUAUGCUGCUAGAAACCACUGAGGAAGAUAAACAGCAAAACUUUCCUUUUCUUCGACUUUGGGACAGACGUAUAAACACUUCAAUGAACUGGAAGGGUGCCCAGGCGAUGCAGUUUGGACAACCUUUGGUUUUUGAUAUGGAUUUUGAUAAUUAUAUGAAACCAAAAGAACUGCAGAAUGCUGUUUCCCAACUUUUAGAAAGUGAAGGAUGGAACAGAAGAAAUGUUGAUCCUUUCCAUAUUUACUUCUGCAAUCUUAAAAUAGAUGGUGCUUAUCAGAGAGAGUUAGUUAAACGUUAUGGAGAAAAAUGGGACAAGUUGCUUUUAACAGCUACAGAAAAGUCUCAUGUAGAUUUAUUUCCAAAGGACAAUAUUAUAUAUUUAACUGCAGAUUCUCCCAAUGUUAUGACUACUUUCAAGCAUGACAGAAUUUAUGUAAUUGGAUCAUUUGUUGACAAAAAUAUGCAACCAGGUAUAUCCCUAGCUAAGGCAAAACGGCUAAAAUUGGCAACAGAAUGCCUUCCAUUAGAUAAAUAUUUACAAUGGGAUAUUGGUACCAAAAAUCUCACCUUAGAUCAAAUGAUGCGUAUUUUGUUGUGUCUGAAAAAUACUGGUAGUUGGGAAGAGGCUCUGAAGUUUGUUCCUAAGAGAAAACAUACUGGUUAUUUGGAAAUUUCUCAGCAUUCUCAAGCAUUUGUCAACAGAUUGAAAAAGGCAAAGAGUUUUAAUUCUUUUCCAAAACGUUCAUAUGUGCACACAGAAAAGGUAGCUUGAAUAAGAAAAUUUAUUAGCUUAAAAAUUGAGUGGAAAUAUAGUUUUAUUAGUGUUUCUUCCUGAACAGAAUUCCUUUCCCUUUCUUUAAAAGGCAGUUUGUUCAAACUAACUGCAAGGUUUAAUCUAUUCCUAGUUACUUAAAAUCUGCAAAACCUUGAAAAUAUAUUUCAUAUUACCAUAAAAAGAAAAUCAGAGAAGGUUGUUUGGGUGUGUUAAAGCAAAUCUUGAAGUGAACCCAAUAAAACAGUUGUACUGUUGGUGUGACUUUAA